AUGGCUAGUGGCGCGAGAGCCCAGAAGCCCGUUGGCUCUGCGGCAUGGAUUUCUACCGAGAAGGAAAAUGUUUCGCAACUUGUGGAGCAGGAAUUGGAGGAAGUGGAAUAUCCCGUGAGCCAUGAGAUGGAUUGGUUGAAUGAGCAUAUGGCAGAGAUAUUUGACAACAACCAAUUCAAUUUCACAGAGGCUUUCAAGACACCUGGAAAGUUACGGGGUAAGACGCCUCGCACUGCGCGCAAGCGGAACUUCGAAGAAUCCCGAGUGCCAUUGAGCGAAAUAUUCUCGUCUGUCCACAACCAGAAAGAGAAUAAGUCCAUCGCUAGCCCGACAGGAAAACGGUCGCCCGCGAAGCCUGCUGCUCCUAUACCGACGAAAAACGUCAAGCCCACAACAGAGAAUGCGCCGCAACCCCAUUACCCUGACUUGAGUCAGAACCUGAACUCAUUUCCCCAAUAUAACACGGACUCGGGCUAUCAUGGCAUGGCAGACGAUCAUGGUGGUGACGACGUGGUUCUGACACAGACACAGCCAGAGUCGCAGCCAUCGACACAACCGUUGGCGCAACCUUUGGAAGAAAAAGAGCCUACCCCAGAGCCGCUCCAGACACAUGACACGGCUGAUCGGCGUACAACAGAAUCUUCGUUCCAUUCGGCGCAGGAGGAUAACCGCCAGCGCAGCGAGACGGUGGAGCCUGCGAACGAUGUCCGGAAUACAAUGCACACAGUUGAGGUGCACCCCCCCAAACUGCAGCUCAAGGACAAGAAACCGAAUGAAAAACCAGUCUCGAAGAAGCCUGAGUCUGAACAGGAACAUGAUUUUGAAUGCGUGCCCGAGAAGGUCGCUAAAGAGCCCACGCGGAAGCCCGAACAGAAGCCCGAGCCGCCGAAGCCGACGCAGGAGCGUGAGCUUCAGCUUGAACAGAAAAUCGAGUCGGAAUCAGAAGAGGAGCUGGAACCCGAACAACAGCCUGAGCCUGAACCUCAACCCGAACCAGUUCAAAAUACCAAAUCGUCAUCACCUGUGCAGACCCCUGCUACGCAGCCACCGCAGUCUGUACACGAAGACGAUGACAUUGGAAUGGAGAAAGAGGAUAUGGCCCUUGAUGAUCUCGAUGAUGAUGAUAUUGGAUCGCCUUCAGAUGGCUCGACACCCGAACGACCACCGAUCCGUAAGAGUAGCUUGACAUUCGCCUCGCUCCCUGCACGAGAACCUUUGACAAAGAAGAGCUUGGGGGGUACAAGGGUUUCCAGAACGAGUCAUAUUGGCACUGGCUUUCUUGGACGGCAAACUGGAGGGCAUAGGACGACUCAAACUGCUCUGGAGAACACAUCUCAGGCUCAAGGCGAUAAAAUGGAAGUUGACGAUGAUGCUGAACCCACUCGCGAUGGGCCAGAUGCUGAGACGAGGUCGAGCAAGCAACACAAUAAGUCGUCUACGCAAAGGCUCCAUGAAAAGAUUAGCAUGCUGGGCAAACUUCAGCCAUCACGACCUACAAAGUCAAUUCCAUCCGUGUCAGGCUUGUCCUCGGCACAGGUGAACUACCCUGACCUGCUGAAGACAGAGACAAAACCUGAGGUAUCGGAUCGAAAAUCACGCGAGACCCCGGCCCCUGAACCCAUGACGACUGACGAGGAUGAAUGGAUUAAGCCUUCUAUGAACACUCCUCAGCGUCCAAAUAUGGCCAAAAGUCGGACCAUGGACAUCAUGGAUAGGACUAAUCAGGCCCCCGAGAAGGAUGACACGGUCCAUAACCCUGACGUGGGUGGAAACCAAAUGGCAAAACCUAAUGAGAAUCACAGUACUGAGAUGAGCCGUCCGAAAUCCACGACACCGUUGUACACGCCACCUCAACAACCAAGUCACCAGAAGAGUGCAUCCGCGUCGAACUUGAACGCUGGAGUGUCGACAACUCCAGCAGGUUCUCCCAAGCCGCAAGAUGUGCCUGUGAGUGCAUCUAAGUGGAAGCUACAAUCGAUCAUGAAAUCUGCCAAGGGUCUAUUCUCUACAGCCGGCGGUGUUUCAGCUGCAGCAAGGGCCGAGGUUUCAUCUCCAACCGAGGAGCGAAAACAGCCCGAGGAGCGCAUCAAGCCUCAGAGUCUGAACCGCCAAGAAUCUCAGUCCGCUCAGGAAUCAACAGCACCAAGGCCGGAAGGUCGCAGGACACGCAGCUCCACAGAACGGGAGGAGAAGCGCAGGCAACAGGAGAUUGAGGAACGUGAGCGGGAAGAGCAGGAAGAAAAGGGAGAAAAGGAAGAAAAGGCUCGAGAGCAGGAGAAGCAAAAGGCAACUCAACUCAAGGCCGCCCGGGAGAAGGUUUCACUUGAACGUGAAGAGCGCGCAGCUUCCGUCGCACCGAGUCCCAAGAAAAUACCGCAACCACAAAAAUACGCAUCCAAGGAACCCGAACUUGCUUACGAAACGGCCUCCAAGGCCCCAGCGCCUUCUUCCAUCCCCCAACAAAAGCAGAAUGAGCGUCGUCCCGUCAAGCCCACUAGGGAGACCCUCCAGAAACCAAAGCCUCAGCCAGUUUCCAUCCGUGUCGGUAGUGCUCUUUCUCGGCAAAUCCCUAUGGCGUCCGGUUCAAACGUCCAAGAGUCAGCCGCCGCUGCGCCCACUCCUGCCUCUGCUUCGAAGCCGUCAACGAUUAAGAAGAAGGCUAGCAAUAACUCAUUACAUACAGCAUCUUCGAACAACAGCCUUAAAAACUCGGUGUCCAGUAACUCGCAGCGCAAGGUUCAACUUGCCAGUGAGCGAAAGAGGGAACAGGAGGAACGUGAAGCACGACGCAAAGAGGAACAGAGACGUGAGCUAGAACGUAAACGCGCCGCUCAACAACAGGAAGAAUCACGUCGUCAAGAGCUUCGAGGCCGUGCAGAGGCUGAGCGUCGGGAACGCCAGGCGUCUGUGGACCCCAAGAAGGCUGCUCAUAUGCAAGCAAUUGAAAAGCGAAGGCUGGAAAAUCAACGGAGGCUCGAAAGGCAGGGCAGUCAACAGCCCGGCGAUACGAGCGUGCUGCACCAGCCCGAAAGACCAGCUUCGCAAGCGUCCAGGCCGGCUUCGCGAUUGGGUUCGAUUCAGCCGUUUGGUCGGUCCAUUAACACCCCGCAGCCAAAUCCCGCCAAACCACCUAAGCGGGCCAUGGAUGACGAAGCCAGCCACCGUCCUGCGCCUCCCAAGCCUAGUGUGAUACCCCAGCCCGGCGAUUCUAAGCGCAGAAGGACCGAGGAAGAACACAACCCCCCUCCGUCUGUGCGUCCGGCUAUGGCUCCUCCGAUCCGCCAAUCCAAUAUCCGCAAAGAACCCACCAAGCCCUCUCUUUUCAACGGACAGCGCACGUCUACAGCACCGCAAUCCGGGUCCUCCAUUCUCAAGACCGCCCAACCCCAGAGACCCGCGCAUCCUCUGGACAUGUCCAAGUAUGCCAGCGGCAAAAUUCCUUUCGCAGAGUCCUCGAACGCGGCGCAGCCGAAACCAGGCCCAAGCUCCGCUCAGAAAGCUGCCACCAAGCAAUCACCGAAAUACCCUAGCGGCGAAAGCAUUGCUUUGCCCGAGAUCGCCACGGACAGUGAAGACGAAGACUCCGACGCAGAAAUGCUUCCUGUGCCUAAAUGGGCUCAGCCCAGGGAACUCGAGAAUCUCCUCCGGCAACAAGAGGGCAUGGAAGUCGACUCGAUCUUCGGACCCGUUGCGCCGUUCUCGCUCGAGGAUACCUUCAAGGCCGACAAAAAAAUCAAGAAGUUCCGCGAACGAACUAGUAGCGCGAACUGGUCUGGUGCUGAUCGUCUGACGCAGGAUGAGAUUCGGAAGGAUCUUGCUGAGCGGCAGCGGUUAAGGUUGAAUGGGGGGUGGACUUUUGAUACCGACUGA